ACAAGUUAGUUAAACUAUACAUAUGGAAUUCUUUCCAAACAAAUUAUUCACUCAUCGUAGCCUCUCUUCUCCAUAAUCACCACCAACCUUUCCUUCAUUCUAGCUCUCGUUCCUUCCAAUGGCUGACGCUUUGCUGGGAAUUGUGUUUCAAGACUUGCAAUCUGUUGUUCAAAGCCAACUUGCAACCUAUUGGGGUAUUGAUCAACAGGCACAGAAGCUUUCCAGCAAUCUUACGGCAAUUCGUGCUGUCCUCAGAGAUGCUGAGAGAAAGCAAAUAGCAAGCCAUGCUGUGAAGGAUUGGCUGCAGAAACUCACAGAUGCAGCAUAUGUGCUUGACGAUAUAUUGGAUGAAUGUUCGAUUCACUCCAGAGAGGUGCUGUCUGAUGAUGGACAUACUUCAUGCUUAGCCCGUGCACAUCCUAAGGACAUUCUCUUCCGAUUUCAUAUUGGAAAGAGGAUGAAAAAUAUCACCCAAAGAUUUCACGACAUCAAUGAAGAAAGACGCAUGUUUGAAUUACGAGUUGGUGUCACAGAGAAGCCAACAGUAGAUGAUGGUGAGGAUUAUCAAACUACCUCUGUCAUAACCGAACCCAUAUUCUGUGGCAGAGACGAGGAUCGAGAGAAAGUCGUGAAGCUUCUCCUAGAAGCUAAUAACAAUGAAGACCUCACCAUCUAUUCCAUCGUUGGUAUGGGUGGACUUGGCAAAACAACUCUUGCCAAGCAUGUCUUCCAUGACCACAGGGUAUGA